UUGUCUGCUCUUCCUGCGAGGCUCCGGCGCCCGGGUCUGCUGCAACCACCGCAGCAGCUCGAACCAAGUCGGGCCCCACACGGCCGCUCGGGGGCCGCACCCUCGCUCCGUGGCGGCGCCCGGAGACGCCAGUCGCGCCACGCACUGCCUGCGUCCCGCGCGCCCCAGCCACCGCGUCUCCACGCCGCCGCCACAAGCCAACCGUGGCCGAGGAUCUGAGCCCCACCAGCCGGCUGGGGAAAGAGAAGGGGAGGAAGGGGUGGGCAGCCCAGCUGGCAGCCGGCUGGAGGUGGCGGCCGACGCAGCCCUGACUGCGCGCACACCCCUAGGCAGACGCACCCCACACCUCCUCCCUGCGCCAGGGGGAUGGAGCAGCCAUCUCAAGCCGGGACUGGCGCAAGGGCCCCAAGGAGCAGGAGGAGCAGGAAUCCACUCAACUCAGGGUCCUGGAGCAACAACUGAGAGUUGAGGCCACACCUCAGAGGCUGGGCCUGGCUGGUGACAGAACAGAACACAGCUUCCGAAUUGCCUGGAAACCUGAGGCUUCCAAGCAAAGACAAGAAUAAUGAAGAGACGCUUGUGUUAGCCACGACCUUUUAAAGCUCCACAAGAAGGAAAUCGAUGGUGUGGACAGAGCUGGAACCGUUGCCACACUAGUUGGAGUAAAUGAGGAAUGGACUUACGAUUAUGCUGACAUUCCAGCAUGAAUCUGGUAGACCUGUGGUUAACCCGCUCCCUCUCCAUGUGUCUCCUCCUACAAAGUUUUGUUCUUAUGAUACUGUGCUUUCAUUCUGCCAGUAUGUGUCCCAAGGGCUGUCUUUGUUCUUCCUCCGGAGGCUUAAAUGUCACCUGUAGCAAUGCAAACCUCAAGGAAAUACCCAGAGAUCUCCCUCCUGAAACAGUCUUACUGUAUCUGGACUCCAAUCAGAUCACAUCCAUCCCCAAUGAGAUUUUUAAGGACCUCCAUCAACUGAGAGUUCUCAACCUCUCCAAAAACGGCAUCGAGUUCAUCGACGAGCAUGCCUUCAAAGGGGUCGCCGAAACCUUACAGACUCUGGACUUGUCUGACAACCGGAUUCAGAGCGUGCACAAAAAUGCCUUCAAUAACCUGAAGGCCAGGGCCAGGAUUGCCAACAACCCCUGGCAUUGUGACUGUACUCUCCAGCAAGUGCUGAGGAGCAUGGCGUCCAACCACGAGACGGCCCACAAUGUGAUCUGCAAGACGUCGGUGUUGGACGAGCACGCAGGAAGACCCUUCCUCAAUGCUGCCAAUGACGCCGACCUUUGUAACCUCCCUAAAAAGACUACGGAUUAUGCCAUGCUGGUCACCAUGUUCGGCUGGUUCACCAUGGUGAUCUCGUACGUGGUCUAUUACGUGCGGCAAAACCAGGAGGAUGCCCGGAGACACCUGGAAUACUUGAAAUCCCUGCCAAGCAGGCAAAAGAAAGCCGAUGAGCCGGAUGACAUCAGCACGGUGGUGUAAUGCCCACCCUGGCUGCGGUGGAGGAAGGGGGUAGUUGGCCAGCGCCAGGAAGAAGACGCGGUGUGCUGCGCCCAUUCAUUGUCAACAUUUUGAAACUUUGUAUUCCAGUUCCUUUCGAAAUCGCAUCACUGUUGAACUAACCGUUCACAAAUGUUUAAACAUAACUAUUUUAGUUUAGGUGAUCUAUCUCCACCCACCCCCAACUUCCUCCCCCCCCCCCCCCACCUUAAUUGUAACCCUCCCUUCCCAACACCCCCACCCCACCCCACCCCACCUCGGCGGUUAUAUUCCUGAGUAAGCUACUAUUUGAUUGUUAGUUA